UCAUUUACCUAAUUCAUUAAAAAAAAGAAAAAAAUUAACAACCCCCACCUCACCUUUUGUUUCUUUCUUGUCCAUUUUCUCUAAAAUUCAUUUGCUUAUUAUUAUUAUUUUUCUCUCUCUAAUGGGUUAUUUUCCUCUUUUAAUUCUUUUCCACUAGAGCUGAAUUGAUAAUUUUGCUGAUUGAAAUGAAAGUUUGGGAUUUUGGUGAUAAUAAUUAAAGCAUUUGCAAAUUGGUGAUAAUCUUGAUUUAUUGGAUUAUAAUGGGUUAUUUGAAUUCAGUAUUGUCAUCAUCUUCUAAUCAAGUUCAUGCUGAUGAUGCACCUGUUAGUGGUGGUGGUUUAAGUCAGAAUGGAAAGUUCAGCUAUGGAUAUGCUAGCUCCCCGGGAAAAAGGUCCUCCAUGGAGGAUUUCUAUGAGACAAGAAUUGAUGGCGUAGAAGGAGAGAUAGUUGGUCUCUUUGGAGUUUUUGAUGGUCAUGGUGGUGCUCGGGCUGCAGAAUAUGUGAAACACAACCUUUUCAGUAACCUGAUAAGGCAUCCGAAAUUUAUCUCGGACACCAGAUCAGCCAUAGCUGAUGCAUACAGCCAUACAGACUCUGAGUUUCUGAAAUCAGAAAACAAUCAGCACAAAGAUGCUGGAUCAACUGCUUCCACAGCAAUCCUUGUGGGCGAUCGUCUACUGGUUGCAAAUGUUGGCGAUUCUAGAGCUGUUAUCUGCAGGGGUGGCACAGCUAUUGCUGUUUCUCGAGACCAUAAGCCUGACCAAACAGAUGAGCGACAGCGCAUUGAAGAUGCUGGAGGUUUUGUGAUGUGGGCCGGUACCUGGAGAGUUGGAGGUGUACUUGCUGUUUCUCGUGCUUUUGGCGACAGGCUUUUAAAGCAGUACGUUGUUGCUGAUCCAGAAAUACAGGAGGAAAAGGUUGAUGGCUCUCUUGAAUUUCUGAUCCUUGCAAGUGAUGGACUCUGGGAUGUUGUGACGAAUGAGGAAGCUGUCUCGAUGGUUAAGCCGAUCCAAGAUCCUGAGGAAGCAGCAAAGAGGCUGAUGCAAGAAGCAUAUCAAAGAGGAAGUGCGGAUAACAUCACCAUCGUGGUUGUCCGUUUUCUGAGUAACCAAGAGGGUUCCUCACGUGGUGUUGCGGCUUAAGAAGUACUUGCUUUCGAUUGCCACUUCUAACUUGUGGUAAUUAGAAGACAAGAAAACGCAUAGGACGUUACGUAAAUAUUGAAUAUAGAUAGACUUUCUGGGAUUAUGAUGCAAGGAAACCUUUAGAAUUGAACAUUGUGAAAGCUUUCUCUAACUUGUAACAAAUGUUCAAGAGUGAAUCCGGCCGGGUCAAUCCGAAAUUUGUUGCUGUUCUGUGUUCAAUUUAACAUCGCAUUUUCAGUCA